AUGUUUGAGCAGGAAAAGAUUGUUCUCGAUGGAGCUGGCGCAAUUGGUCCGUCAGCUUUGCUGGCUGGCAAUAUUGAAGGACUGUCAGGAAAAGAGUUCGGGUUAGCAAUCGAUAACCGCUUAAUUCAAGUCAGAGUAACAAUGCCAGAUAUGAUUGGCGGCUUCAAUGAGCUAUUUGAAAUAUUCGCCGAGAAUGGGUCAUCAAUAAAGGAGUUUCUGACGGACGGAGUUUUCCAUCGGUUCGAUGUGCUCACAUUGGAAUGCAAAAUCACCGCCGAAGUAUGCGGUCUCGAACACGCCAUGCAACUGAACGAGGCAAUUGUCGCU